CCCCCCUCUCUCUCUCUAUAUAUAUAUAUACACUACACGCGCACGCGCACAGACCCUUGUCUCAUAUCGUCAUCACUUCAGUUCUGUCAUCUGUUUCUUCUGCAAUCAUGGGGCUGUAUGUGAGAACGGUCUCUUUCUUUGUGAUCUUUGUUUCCUCUGUGUUCUUCUCCGCCGCCGAAUCUCGCCGGUUUUACGUCGGAGGAAACGGCGGAUGGGUCGCGAACCCGCCGGAAAAUUACAACAUAUGGGCCGGGAGAAACCGUUUUAGAGUUCACGACACUCUACAUUUUAAGUAUCCCAAGGGUUCGGAUUCGGUUCUUCAGGUGAGCAAGACCGAUUACGAAAGCUGCAACGCCAAGAACCCCAUCACGAAAAUGGAAGAUGGAGACUCUGAGUUCGUGUUUGAUCGGUCUGGUCCGUUUUAUUUCAUCAGUGGUAAUGAAGAUCGCUGCAAGAAAGGGCAGAAACUGAUCGUUGUCGUAAUGGCCGUCAGGACGAAGCCGCCGCCGGCUCAGCCUCCUCACACCGCCGUGCCGGGGAAGUCUCCGUCGUCUGCUCUGUCGCCGAAAUCUUCUUCCCCUGUUUCUCCCUCAACUCCUCCGCCUAAGUCUUCUCCUUUCCCUAUUUCACCCUCUGGUUCUCCGUCGACGCCACCCUCGUCUCCUUCCCCUAUUUCUCACUCACCAUCUGGUUCGCCGGCUUCAGCUCCGUUGAAGCCUCCGGUAACUCCGCCGUCCUCUCCUUCUCCUGUUUCUCUUUCACCCUCCGGUUCUCCGUCGUUAGCUCCGACGAAGUCUAUGGGAACUCCGUCGUCUUCUCCUUCUACUGUUCCUCACCCACCCACCGAAUCUCCGACCACAUCUCCGGAGAAAUCUCCGUCAACUACGCCGUCGUCUCCGUCUCCUUUCCCUCACUCACCCACCCAUUCUCCGCCGUUAUCUCCUGCGAAAUCUCCGUCAACUACACCGUCGUCUCCGUCCCCUUUUUCUCAAUCACCCACCCAUUCUCAGCCGUUAGCUCCGGGGAUAUCUCCGUCAACUACGCCGUCGUAUCCGUCUCCAUCAUCAAGCCCGAUUAAACCUCCGUCUCCGAAAGUCUCGCCGGUGGCAACUCCACCUGCUCACUCGCCGGAGUUUCCACCGAAGUCCUCUCCUCCAAGCCCGCCAACUCCUUCACCGGGAUCACCCAUCACAGCUCCACCACCGGAAACUCCAGGAAUCUCCGGCAACAUCUCGGCGCCGUCGCCAUCGCAGUCGCAGAAGUCGUCAGGGAGCGUGUUGGCCGUUAUGUCAGUUACUGCAGCAUUAAGUGUAGCUUUGACCGUUUUUAUGGCUGUUUAAUAAACAUGGGUCCAGACUUAUUUCAUUUUUUAUUAUUAUCUUGUGUCAUUAUUAUAGUUUGAAUUCGUGUGUGUUA